AUGGGUUGAGAGAGGUGAUGAAUGGGAUGAUUGGAGAGAUCAGACACUACACAGACGGCUGGAGAAAAAGGGAGGCGUUCGAUGGAGCAAAGACUGGCCGUGAUUUGACAUUUAAAAUCCCUGUCUGAUGAAUACAAUCAACGAAUUGGCUAUUUUUGUUAUUUGAACUUAAUUCAGCAUAGCAUUUCAUAGUCGGCCUUAUUUGACCAGGCGUUGAAGAUGCCGGUAGCUGGUUGGGUCUGACUAGGGGAGACGAUGGAGCCAUGAGAAUGUACCAAGUCUUUCCGCGAAAACAGAUGGGAGAUGAAACCUAUUCGACAUAAAUUUAUAUUUUUUUCUCUGUAGUUAAAAUGAGUUUAUUAUUGCUGCAGAUGUAUGCGUUUUGAUAAACUGUAGUAGGAUAGCUGCUAGAGGAAUUUUGAUGGCACUUACGACGCCAGGGAUUGAGCAACGAGUAACGUUACAUUUCGGAACGUUGAACAGUCGGGCCUUUCAAAGUGAGAAGCAAGAAUGAAUGUUAAGCAUUUUUCUCGCCCGAGGAUAACUGCGGUGCACGCAGCUGGUCACAUUUUGAGAGCGGUGUCAUCUUUGGAGAGUAGCGAAAUGCAAGUCAACGGAGAGGAGCGCCGUGCGGAGCUGUAAUAGUAAUACCCAAAUCCGUCUAGAACCAAGUGGAUGUUUUAAGCAUUUUUUUUCCGCAGACGAGAAGAUGGUGUGCUGCCAAUAUCAAUGCAAGCGGUCCCUAUUUUCCCUGCCUUUUUAAGUGUAAAAGGAGCUCGCGCUACUUUGGAAUUAAGAACCGUCAGUCACGUAUGCGCUCCUCGGUAGCCAACGUUAGCUUAGCUGCUAUAUCAUCCGUGCUUUAGCUUUUCAUUGAGCAUGAUUGAAGAGUGCGUUUAAUUUCGCUAACGUCAACACCGUUGUUUUCGGUCGUCAUGAAUCCACCGACACGUUUGUUUGGGUGAACUUUGAACCAACACCCCAUAACGUAGAACAGACUAGCAAGACAUGUCGGCGUGAAGGGAACCGCACUGACUGUCUCGAAUCUCCUGUCAAGCCACAGACGUCAACAGCGCUGUGAAGAGCUGCUUAUUGGAGAGGGGAAAAAACACAUUACCUAGAUUGUUCACUCCGCCUUUUGGAGCUCUGCGCCCACGGACUGAAUCCCUUCCCUUCGAUUUAACAACCAAGCAAAAUGGGAGAGCAGCCUAUCUUCAGUACGAGGGCCCAUGUCUUCCAGAUCGACCCCACCACCAAGAAGAACUGGGUUCCCACCAGUAAACACGCCGUCACAGUCUCCUACUUCUACGACAGCACGCGCAACGUCUACCGCAUCAUCAGCCUCGACGGCUCCAAGGCAAUCAUCAACAGCACCAUCACCCCCAACAUGACCUUCACCAAGACCUCCCAGAAGUUUGGCCAGUGGGCCGACAGCCGAGCCAACACCGUCUACGGUCUAGGCUUCUCCUCAGAGAACAACCUGCUCAAGUUUGCAGAGAAGUUUGCUGAGUUUAAAGAGGCAGCUCGGUUAGCCAAGGAGAAAUCCCAGGAGAAGAUGGAACUCACCAGCACCCCUUCUCAGGAGUCGGCCACCGGCGACCUGCAGUCGCCUUUGACCCCGGAGAGCAUCAACGGCACUGAUGACGAGAGGGGCACCACCCCCGAAACGCCGCAGUACCUCCCCGAGCCCCGUGCCGAGCCGUCUCAGAACCAACUGCCCUUCUCUCACAGUUCGUCCAGUAUAAACAAGCACUGGGAGGCCGAGCUGGCAGCCCUGAAGGGCAACAAUGCCAAGCUGACAGCAGCUCUGCUGGAGUCCACAGCCAAUGUCAAACAGUGGAAACAACAACUGGCUGCAUACCAGGAGGAGGCUGAGAGACUACAUACACGCGUGACAGAGCUGGAGUGUGUGAGUGGUCAGAUGACCGUCAUCAAAUCCCAGAAGACUGAGCUCAACCAGACGAUAGAAGAACUGGAGUCGGCAUUAAAGUCCAAGGAGGAGGAACUGGAGAGGCUGAAAGAGGAAGUGGAGAGCGCCAAUGAGUUCCAGACUCAAAAGGAGUCACUAACACAGAAACUGCAGGAGACGGAGGAGAGGAACCAGACGUUGGAAGCUCAGCUGGUGGAGUUAGAGCAGCGUCUGGAGGGCAGUCAGCUGGAGAGAGAGGCCUUCAGGAAGAGUCUGCGCACCCUGCUGGAGCUGCUGGACGGGAAGAUCUUUGAGCUGACAGAGCUCCGAGACAGCCUGGCCAGACUCAUUGAGGGCAGCAGCAGCUAGAGGAGAGAAGUGCUCCCCCUGGUGGAGCUCCAGUACUCCUACACCAUCACCACCAUUAUAACAACACAGUGACGGGAGAAUAUUGCUAGUCGGUGCACAAAGGCACUGCACGAAAAUAUUCACUCUGUUAUUAUUACACAUAUAGUCAUUAUGCUCCACUCUACUGAAAACGUGCACAUUGGUAGUAAAUAGACUUGCUCGCUUGGAUUUAGUUUUGGCUGAUGUUCACAACGUGGAUAAUGCUGGUACACCUGUAUACUGUAAUGCACAUGCACUCACUCACUUCACAGAGGUCCUGUUGAGGCUUUGCUUACACCCUGCCUUCCCUGCCUUCCAUCUCUUCUUCUCCCUCCAUGUGGAAUGUUCUUUACGCUCUGACUACAAACUGCUCAAAUAUUUACAAUGCAUUUGGAAAGUAUUCAGACCCCUUGAUUUUUUCCCCACAUUUUAUUACGUUACAGCCUUAUUAAUACAUUUUUUAUUUAUUUUUUUCGCCAUCAAUCUACACGCAAUACCCCAUAAUGGCAAAGCAAAAACAGGUUUUUAGAAUUUUUUGCAAAAAAAGAAAUAUCACAAUUACGUAAGUAUUCAGACCCUUUCUCAGUACUUUGUUGAAGCACCUUCAAAUUGGGUAUGACAUUACAAGCUUGGCACACCUGUAUUUGGGGAGUUUCUCCCAUUAUUCUCUGCAGAUCCUCUCAAGCUCUGUCAGGUUGGAUGGGGAGGGCCGUUGUCCUGUUGGAAGAUGAACCUUCGCCCCAGUCUGAGGUUCUGAGCGCUCUGGAGCAGGUUUUCAUCAAGGGUCUCUCUGUACUUUGCUCCAUUCAUCUUUCUUUUGAUCCUGACUAGUCUCCCAGUACCUGCCGCUGAAAAACAUCCCUACAGCAUGAUGCUGCCACCACCACGCUUCACUGUAGGGAUGGUGCCAGGUUUCAUCCAGACGUGACACUUUGCAUUCAGGCCAAAGAGUUCAAUCUGGGUUUCAUCAGACCAGAUAAUUUUGUUUUUCAUGGUCUGAGAGUCCUUUAGGUGCCUUUUGGCAAACUUCAAGUGCGCUGUCAUGUGCUUUUACUGAGGAGAGACUUCUGUCUGGCAACUCUACCAUAAAGGCCUGAUUGGUGGAGUGCUGCAGAGACGGUUGUCCUUCUAGAAGGUUCUCCCAUCUCCACAUAGGCACUGUGGAGCUCUGUCAGAGUGACCAUUGGGUUCUCCCUGACCAAGGCCCUCCUCCCUUGAUUGCUCAGUUUGGCAGGGCGGCCAGCUCUAGGAAGAGUCUUGGGGACCUUCAAUGCAGGCACUGUGUUCUUAGAGACCUUCAAUGCAGCAGACAUUUUGUGGUACCCUUUCCCAGAUCUGUGCCUCGACACAAUCCUCUCUCGGAGUUCUAUGGACAAUUCCUUCAACCUCAUGGCUUGGUUUUUGCUCUGACAUGCACUGUCAACCGUGGGACCUUAUAUAGACAGGUGUGUGCCUUUCCAAAUCCUGUCCAAUCAAUUGAAUUUACCACAGGUGGACUCCAAGUUGUAGGAACAUCUCAAAGAUGAUCAAUGGAAACAGGAUGCACCUGAGGUCAAUUUUGAGUCUCAGCAAAGGAUCUGAAUGCGUAUGUAAAUUCUGUUUUUUAUAUUUAAUACAUUUGCAAAAUGUGUCAAUCUUUUUUUCGCUUUGUUAUUAUGGGUUAUUGUGUGUAGAUUGAUGAGUAACAUUUUUUAUAUAAUCCAUUUUAGAAUAAGGCUAUAACGUAACAACGUGGAAAAAGCCAAGGGGUCUGAAUACUUUAAGGAUGCACUGUAUUUUCAACAACAACAAAUUGCGGAGUCUGGCUAGCAUUCCAUAGGAGGGGAUGUUGAAUAUGGUCGGUUAUUUUGGGGUUUUCUUCCAUCGCAGACUUUGAACAGGUAAAAUGAAACGCUCAUUUUCUACAUUUUAUUUGGUGCAAAGUUCAGUUCAGUCAUCCAGAGUCGCUCGCUGGUGGAUGUUUUGCUAUUAUUGUUUACUCUUCGCUGUCGUCCGCCACACAUUCAGGUCUGUUUUUGAACUAUUCUACAUCUACUGGUUUCUUAUUCAGUUAUUACUACAGUUCUACUAUUGCUCUGUUUACUAUGGAGAUCUCAAUGUCAGCCAAAAGGACAGUCAGAUGAUCAGAUGUCAUGGAAAUGGAGAGUCAGACUCACUGGUCUUUACAGCGUUUCACUGGACUCUAUGGCCGUUCGCUCUGAGGCCCCAUCUGACACUGGACUAGGACUAAGGGUCAGAGGUCAGACAGAUGACCUCCCAGUCACUUUAUUAAACGCUCCCAAUGUCCUCCCUCCUAUCACAAUGUUACCAUGGAGAUUGAAGAAGAAUCUGGCAUAUUGUCCGAGAUUGAGAACAGAUCUUGGACAACCUUCUAUACUAAAUGAGCAAUACAAAGAGGGAGCAUCCAGAAGAAAAAUAAACAUGUUGAAGUCUCACUUUCAGGUAUUUUCCUCUUCUUCUGGGAAAUGUAAGGAGAGACAACGCUACUCCAAGCCCAGACGCUGGGGUAUGGCUCAGCAGCGACUACAAAAGUCUUUCCUUUCUAUAAACUUUUUUAUUACAAAUACUAAUAUAACAAAUUUAUAGUGCUCUUGUGAAAAUGGAAUUGUAUGUUUGGGUGAAUCCAAAACAAUGAUUUUUUUUCUUCUUUAUUUCCCCUUGUUUCUGUUGCGACUUGGAAGUGCAAUGAUUGAUUGGUACAUGGUGUUUUCCCUUUAUUUAUUAUUCCAGAUAUAUUAUAACCACAGAUUGAGAAUUGUAUCAAACAAAGAUGUUUGUCACUUACUCUUGUUUUUUAUGUCUGAUAUGUGGGUAUCAAGGUUGGUUGGGUUUUUUUAGGUAUGAGAAAAAAAGACUGGCAAUAUGUUUGAACUAUUUAAAAAGCUAAUGGAUUUAUAGUAAUUUGUGCAUAGCAGGUGAGGUUUGCAGAGAGACUUUCUUUCCUUUUGCCAAAAUAUUUUCCUGUACAGAAUGUGAAUUUUGUUGAUGUUGCCUUUGGUACAAAUAUGGAUCAAUGGUAACUAACUACGGUACUUUUGUGGGAUUUACUAUUGCCAAAAAUCUGUGAUAAUGUAUAAAAAAAUUGUAACUAUAUGUAUACGUGAAGAACACUAUUUAAAGGUCAACUUUGGGCACGAAAAGUGGUCAGACACUGCCCCUUUCUCAAACAGAAAUGGGGUGUGCCUUUUGUGGUUCGUUGAUGUGUCGUGCACUGCGACCGAUUUUGUUUUUGGAUGGAAGCUGUAGAGAUUGGUAAGAAAUGGCACUUCUUUAGCCAAAUAUCUUAUUCAUCCAAUUAUUUAAGUUAAGUAUUGACCUGGUAUGAUGGUGCAGUGAUCAGUUAUACAGUUUAAAGCCAUUAUUUUUCAGUUUUUGCCCAACGUCGACCUUUAAGGGCUUGUUGUUGGUUCUAGUAUCUUUGGGAGACUUAAAUGGGGUGUCUGGGUGAGUUGGCUUUAUAGUGUUUCAUUUAUGAUCUGUACUUCUACAGUUUGAAAGGGGAGAAACGUUUGAGUAAUAAUUUUAAAUGUUGAUUAUGCCACAUGCUUAAACAAUUGUAAUUUUCAGUUUAUAGUAAAAUUUAAAAAAAAAAACAAUUUAAA